AUGGCGGCCGCCGUGGCGCUGACCCCGGCCUCUCCAGCGCUCCUCCCUGCCCCCUUCCGCGGCCGCCGCGACGGCCGGGUGCGCCUCUCGCCCCGCCGCCCCCGCUACUCCGCGGGGCGCUGCAGAGCCACGGCCCAGACUUUCCAGGGGGGCGCCGCCGCCAGCUACGCCCGCGAGAUGGAGCGCCUCUCCGCCAAGGAGUCCCUGCUCCUCGCCUUUAAAGAUGCUGGGGGUUUUGAGGCCUUGGUCAGCGGGAAGACUACUGAGAUGCAGAGGAUCGAUGUCAAUGAGCGAAUUGUUGGACUUGAACGCCUGAAUCCGACACCACGCCCCACAACGUCGCCGUUUCUGGAAGGUCGAUGGAACUUUGAAUGGUUUGGUGAUAGCAGUCCUGGAGCAUUUGCGGCCCGUCUUUUGUUUGAGAGGUCACCUACAGCUGUUGCACACUUUACGGGACUUGAUGUGUCGAUCAAGGAUGGAUACUCCAAGCUCUCAUCUAACCUCAAGUUUCUAAAUAUGAUACAAAGCAAGUUCCUACUGACAACUCAAUUGUCCGUUGAGGGCCCCAUCAGAAUGAAAGAGGAAUGCGUUGAGGGCCUUAUAGAGAUUCCCAGAAUCAAUGAAGAAUCAUUGCCUGAACAGUUAAAGGGCUUGCUUGGCCAAACUGCAGGAGCUCUACAACAACUUCCUAGCCCUAUAAGGGAUGCUGUUUCAGAGGGGCUUAAAGUGCCACUUGGUGGAGCAUUUCAACGCUUAUUCAUGAUCUCUUACUUGGAUGAAGAAAUAUUGAUUAUCAGAGAUGCUGCUGGAGCACCUGAUGUCUUAACCAGACUUGAGGGGCCACAACCUAAUCCAGGUGAUGGCACAGCAGAUGCAGUGAUAUCAGAAUAUGAAAGCUAA